AUGGCACACUCCCACUGCAAAGACACCGACACAUCCACCAUGCUCUCUCAGCGAGCUUCGGCCUCCAAGCGUGUCCGCCGUCAGCGGUCUCAGCACAACUCGUCAGUACCAUUCGUCAGACUGCCAGCUGAGUUGAAGAACCAAAUCUGGGGUCUGGUAAUCCCGUCCGAGACGACUUUCGAUGCCAGCAAACAAGCACAGACACUGGAAGAUUACACGAGCAAGUGCCGCGCAGCUCAGGACGAAGAGCGGCGCAAACAAUCGAUGUUAUUGAGCGACGGUGGCAUACAUUUCAUUUGCACGAGCUCCCCUCUGCGCUCCCUUCUGGGCGAAGACAGGCAAACGCGGUGGCGCAAGCCAGGCGGAAACAAGCCGGGCGGAAAGACUUUCAAGGCCGACGUGAGAGCUUUCUACCAAAUUGAACCGAAGCCGUACACCCCGGCAAUCACCCAAGUCUGCAAAGCGUUCCGCCCCGAGACACUUCGCUUCUUCUAUGGGUCCAACACUUUCGAGCUUCGUACAAGUGACCAGAUGACCUACGAAGCUAUGGUGUCAUGGCUGAGCUGCCGCCCGCAAGUCGGAAUUGAAGCAAUGCGGCGAGUGAUCGUCAGCUACAUUCUCAAGGAGGAGGAGAGUGACAACCUCCGAGAGGACUUUUCCCUGCCCUAUCCCUCAGUGCGAAUCCGGUUACUGAUGGAUUUCGAAAUGGGCGUGGCAAAAGCUGUUGCCCUACCGGAUGUGAAGAGUAGCAUCAGCAGCAGACACUUAUACUUACUGCAGCCCCCCUGGCAUAUAUCGCCACCUUGGACGUAUCAUAUAAAGGACAAGACUGACUGGCCAACUGACUCUGCCGUCACGAUGGGUGACAACAAAAGUGGUGAGAUCACGGUGCCUGCGACAGCACUAGACAAGGCAAUUGAGGACAUCAGGCUUGUCCACGGGUUUGGAGGUGAAAAGGUUCUUACUUUGGAGAGAUUGAUGCAUGUCGUCAAGGCCUUCAAUUUCUACAAGAAGGGCUUCUACAAGGACUCUCCGGCUCAUCUGCCUGACACCUCACGGGCUCUCUGA